CCAAACCAAAAAUGCGGUGGGAGAAAGAGGGGCUCUUUUCAUUUAUUUUUCUACUCGAAAGUCCAAACCGCGUUUGAGACUUUCAGGCAAUUUAAGGCUUUUUCGACUCUUUCCAAAGAUUCAAAGUCUCUACCAGAGAACGGCCUCACACAACUAUCCCACCCCCACAAGUCAGUUUCUCCCUUUGCAAAUUCUUUGUCUCUCUCUCUCUCUCUCUCUCUCUCUCUCUCAUUGUGGUUCUGGGCUGUAAUUAAGUUGUCUGCAACUUCAAUUAAAGCUUCCGUUUCUGGUCUUUCAUUCAUUUUGCCUUCUGGGUUCUGUUAAAGCCUUAAAGGGGACUUUCAAUUCCUGUUCCUUCGGUUCCGCGUUCUUAUUUUUUUCCCCCAUUUGGUGGUUGGAGCUACUAUUAAAUCUCUCCUAAUUUGUAUCUCCUUCUUGCUCUCCAAGUUUUUUAUUGGGUUUUUUCAAUCAUUGUUUCUUUAAUUCUCUGGUCUUGUUCUUUGAGGAUGUUCAUGUAGGGAGAGCUCCGUAAACAAAGAAGAAGGAAAAAGUAUGAUUUUUCACGAGAUUGUUCUCUUUGUGCUACUCCUUUCCCUCUGCUUCUCUGCUUUGAAUGCCGGUGCUGCAGCUCACUGCCAAAAAGGGUUCAAGUCCAAUGAUUCUGCACUUGUUGGGUUAGUGCUUCCUGAUCACCCAGGCUUCAAUUCAGUUGUUUCUUCGGCCGAUACAGGGUGUCAGCUAUCAAAGACGAAGAAAACUUCGUCUAAACCCUCAGAAGCAACCGUCCCUGAAGAAGAAGAUUAUGAAGAUGGUGAUGUUGAUGGGUAUGUGGUAGGAGGAGAAGAAACCCAUAGAGGGUCUCUGAAACUCCACCUCAAGCAUAGAUCAGCAACUCAAAAAGCCCAAACAGGGAAGAAGGAAUCAGUCAAUGAAUUCACCUCUAGAGACCUCACCAGAAUCCAUACACUUCACAGGAGGAUCAUAGAGAAGAAGAACCAAAACAUUCUCUCAAGAUUGACGGCGGAGAAUCAGCCACUCCCGGUGCUUAAAAUGGUUCCUGCUUCACCGGAAUCCGUCAUAGUUGAAUCCACAGGCAACCUUGUGGCUACUUUGGAAUCUGGGGUCAGCCUUGGAUCCGGUGAGUACUUUAUGGAUGUUUUUGUGGGUACCCCUCCAAAGCAUUUCUCUCUGAUACUUGAUACUGGUAGUGAUCUCAAUUGGAUACAAUGUCUUCCUUGUCAUGAUUGCUUUGAGCAGAAUGGUCCCUUUUACAACCCACAAGAAUCUUCGUCGUUUCAUAAUAUAAGUUGCCAUGACCCUCAUUGUGACCUUGUGUCCUCCCCUGAUCCUCCACGGCCCUGCAAAUCUGAGAACCAGAGCUGCCCAUACUUCUAUUGGUACGGCGACUUCUCGAACACGACCGGAGAUUUCGCGGUGGAGACGUUCACCAUUAAUCUCACCACGCCUUCUGGGAAGUCAGAAUUUCAGAAGGUUGAGAAUGUUAUGUUUGGAUGUGGGCAUUGGAACAGAGGCCUAUUUCAUGGAGCUGCUGGAUUGCUAGGACUUGGGAGAGGCCCUCUCUCAUUCUCCUCCCAGCUUAGGUCACUCUAUGGACACACUUUCUCCUAUUGUCUUGUGGACAGGAACAGUGACAUGAGUGUUAGUAGCAAGUUGAUCUUUGGAGAAGACAAGAGUCUCAUGAGCCAUCCCAAUUUGAAUUUCACUUCAUUGGUAGUUGGAAAGGAAAACCCAAUUGAUACAUUUUACUAUGUUCAGAUAAAAUCGAUCAUGGUCGGCGGAGAGGUCUUGAAAAUCCCAGAGAAGACAUGGCAAUUGUCGUCGGAGGGCACCGGAGGAACCAUUAUCGAUUCCGGCACAACACUUAGUUACUUUGGAGACCCUGCUUAUCAGAUUAUUAAGGAGGCAUUCUUAAACAGUGUGAAGGGCUACCCUGCAGUGAAGGAUUUUCCAAUGUUGGAUCCUUGUUACAAUGCGUCUGGAGUGGAGAAAGUAGAACUGCCCAAAUUCACAAUUCUGUUUGAAGAUGGAGCUGUAUGGGAUUUCCCGGUCGAGAACUACUUCAUUCGACUUGACCCUGAAGAGAUUGUUUGUUUGGCAAUUUUGGGUACACCACAUUCUUCUCUUUCAAUAUUGGGGAACUACCAGCAGCAAAACUUUCAUAUCUUGUAUGAUACAAAGAAGUCUAGGCUGGGUUUUGCACCCAUGAAGUGCUCUGAUGUUUAGAAUCUCUUGAACAAUGAGGAUUCUUUUCUGGUGCUUAAAAACACAGGGUGAUCUAGGUUCAAUGUAGAACCUGAAGAUAUGCAGAUUGGAAUGCUAGAGGCCACACUAUACCUGAAGUGGAUCCUGGUGUGGAUCCUAAAUUGUCAUAUUUUUAGGCAUAGAGCUUGAUGAGUGUAAAGAUAAUUUAGGUUUGGAGGAGGUUCAUUCUGAGUUCAUUUUCCCUCAGAAGAGAGGUAGAACACAGGAGAUUAGAUUAAUUAUUUUUCCACUCAUUGAGUUUGGUCUGGUAAAAAUUGCUAAUGAGUUUAUCAUACUUUGUGAAACAAUAAAAGAAGAAUGAAAGUAUACUUUUGUUAAUCA